AUGGUAAAAGGGGCUCUCCGCCCUUUGACUCAGCUUUUCAAAUCUAAAACGCCCUUUCCUCAAAGGUUGGUAAAGAAGAAGAAAGAUGCUAAGUUCGAGAAAUUUUAUGAUCAGCUGAAGUGGUUAUCUCUGAACUUUCCAUUCUUGGAUGUUGUCAAGGAGAUGCCCGGUUUUGCUAAACACUUGAAAGACCUGUUGACCAAGAAGAAGACGGUGCAACAUGAAACCAUGAGUUUGACUCACACUGUGAGUUCCAUUCUUUCAACAACUACUGUCCAGAAAAAGGGAGAUCCUGGGGCGUUCACCAUUUCGUGUUCUAUUGGGUACCAUGGUUUUGCUCGUGCUCUAUGUGACGAUGGGACAAGUAUAAAUUUUAUGCCACUUGCUAUCUACAAGCAAUCAGGUUUGGGCAUGCCAAGGCUGACUACUAUGAGAUUACAGAUGGUUGAUAGAUCUAUUAAGCGGCAGGUUGGCAUGGUUGAUGAUGUUCUUGUGUGGGUUGAUAAAUUUAUGUUGCCCACUGAUUUUGUGAUUCUUGACUGUGCUGUUGAUCAGGAUAUUCCUAUUAUCCUAGGGAGACCUUUCCUUGCUACGGGAAGAGCUCUUAUGGAUUUGAAAAAAGAACGAAAUAAAAUUUCGAGUCAAUGA